ACUAUUCAAGAGCUUCAAUUUCAAAAGAAAGCCCAAAGAGGAAGAAAAAGAUAGAUAUGUAAUUAAUAUAAUAAUAUACAAGCACUUGAAUAGAAAUUAUAAUAGUUUUAUAUUCAACACAAUCUGUUAUAUAUAGUCGUAUACCCUUCCACUGACAUAGUCCCAUGCCUUGCUAUUCAUAUCACAGUGCUAAUAAGUCCACUGCCCAAGCAAACAUAUUUUGAUCAAAACUGUUGGUUUCUUAAGUAAUUUUGUUUCUUUCUUCGAUUACUUCUUGAUUUAGCUUACAUGGAUUUUGGGAAAGCAUCAGCACAAGAUCAAGUGGAGAUAAUGACAAUGAUAAUGCAGCAUGAUAAGCUUCCAGGCCAAUACCCUCAGAGUAAUUUCCAGGAAAUAUAUGAUUAUGCUGAAAUGGAAUUCUCUGGAGGAAGUUCCAGCAGCAAUGAAUCCGCGCCUACGACGCUAUUUCAUAACUCAUUCAUAAACUCCCCUGUCCAAGAAACAAUUAUGUCCCAAAUUCUACCACAAAACUGUCCUAUGCCAACACAGGCUUUUAAUUCGAGUGAAGCAGUUAUGGCGAAAACAAACUCCAUGGAGUCCAUGAGGGAAAUGAUGUUCCGGAUGGCGGCCAUGCAGCCCAUUCAGAUAGAUCCUGAGUCAGUGAAGCCACCACAAAGAAGGAAUGUGAAAAUAUCCAAGGAUCCACAGAGCAUUGCUGCAAGGCAGAGGAGGGAACGAAUCAGCGAAAAGAUAAGGAUUCUGCAGAGACUUGUUCCAGGAGGUACUAAAAUGGAUACAGCAUCCAUGCUGGAUGAAGCAGUUCAUUACAUGAAGUUCCUCAAGAAGCAGGUGCAAUCAUUGGAACGCGCGGCAACAACUAGCUAUAGGCCAAUGGGCAAUGCUGGAUAUCCUGGGACCGUGGCUGCAGCUGCGAUGAAUAUGAAUUAUUCAGCUCUGGCCAGACCUUGCCAGCCUGCAGCUCAUAUGGUGGGCUCUAUGCAGAUGCUUAGUUGAGAAGCUUACUUAUAACAUAUGCUCCAUGUACUAAUAAUAUAUCAAUAUCUUACCUGUAAAGAUGACAGCCAAAUCUUGUUAUUUCCGGCAAUUUUAUGAGUGCUUAGACAACAGUUUGAGUUGCAAAAAAAUUUACCCUUUUUAUUUUUGAUGGAUUUCUUUAACCUGUGUUAAAUUUGUGGAUUUGAAGUUUAUCUUUAUGAGAAAUGCAAGUAGUACUUGGCA